AUGCCCACAACUCGACGAUCCGCUGCCAGCGCUCGCAGCAGGGGCCCGCCAGCCAAGGGACAGUCUACUUUGAGUUUCUCAAACAAAGUCACCAAACCAGUACCCAAAAGCGCCAAGAAGUCUGCUAUCUCUGCUUCCAUCUCAAAACUCGACCCCGGCCAGCAUGCCUCACAGCGUGAGGUUGAAGAUAUUGUUGUCAACGACCAUGAGUCCACAGAGGCUGAUCAGGAAGAAGUUGAGGCAGUCACAGAUAUUGAGGUAGUCCCAGAACCUGUGAAGUCUGAAUUGGAGUCGCAAGCAGAGAAAGUUACAGACACGCAGAUCAAGAAGUAUUGGAAGUCCAUUGAAGACCAAUGGACUACGCCACGAUUGCACCAGCAAGGUGUAUCUUUGAGCGAGAAGGUUCUUCGAUAUUUCGAUGUCAGCUCACAAUAUGGUCCCUGUAUAGGCAUGCCUCGCAUUAAGCGCUGGAAACGAGCUGAACGUCUGGGUCUCAAUCCUCCAAUUGAAGUCCUCGCUGUUCUUCUCAAGGAAGAAAGCAAGGGCAACGAUAAAAUCGAAACGGCACACAUGGAUGAGAUCCUCAACUCGACUGCUGUAGGUGCCUGA